UUAUCAGCAAGACAGAGAAAAUGGACGGUCGUGCUAGAUAGCAUCCCAGCUAAGUGAGCUCAAUAACCGGAAACUUAUCAUUUGUAUUCAAGCCCUGACACUCAUGGAUGUCAAUAUGGACCAAACGGAAAACAGAAUCAUUGCUGCUGAUGAUAAUUCAGAGGAACAGCAGAGCCAGUCAGAAGGGGCAGAGUCGAACAUAAGGCCGCCCUUAUCUGAAAUUAAAAAGUCCUGGGGCUUCAGGCGGACAACAAUUGCAAGAAGGGAGUUCUUGGAAGAAGUUGGAGAACUUAGCAGCAGUCCUCCUCCCGUCCGCAAAGCCAGAGGUCGCAGAUCAAAUCAGACACCUCAGACCUCGAGAGAAACCCACAGCCAGAGAGCUUCUCGUACAACCAAGAGUGUCAUAGAUGAGCUGGAGUGGUCUGCACCAUCCUCACCUGCAUCAGAGGACAGCAAGCCGGCCUCAGAAACAUCAGCAGGAGGGAGCCUUGACCCCAGCUUAUGGCAAGAUUAUGGGUCUGCUUUCCAUACUGCCUUCUCGCUGCUAGGCGGAGGUGAGGACUUGUCAUUGGAUAUGUCAGAUUCACGGGCCAUCCCUGACAUUUUGGGGGCCAGUGAUGCCAUCGAGCCUCCACCUCCACAGGAUACAAAUGAAACUGAGGUGGCUGAUAACGUAGACUCUCCUGAAGAAAUGGAGAUUUCACAGCCUGUUGGUCCUGACCAUGCGACAGGAGGGGAACUGGACGAUGUAGUGUUGAUCUCUAGUCACGAAGACGACAGUGAUGACAUGACUCUAAUACAGAUAAAGGAGCAGAUGACAGCCAAAGGCAGGCAGGCUAACACAGGAGCUAGAGGUGGAAAGGGGGGAAGAGGAAAGGCUAGAGGAAGGGGAAGAGGCAGAGGAAAAGGAAAGGGAAGAGGUAGGGGAAGGGGCAGAGGGAAGGGCAGGGGAGUGGAGCUUCUAUCAACCAUUGCAGACCAUGAGGAUGAUGAGGUGGUGCUCAUUAGUUCAGGCGAACAACAUCUGCAAGAGGAAGAAAAAAUAAAUGACUCACACAGUUCUGAAAUACAGAGAUCACCUGUUCACUUUGACAUCACUCUGAGUCCUGCUCAGCGAUCAAGCUCAGACUGCAUAAUCAUUGACACUGAUUUAGACCAUGUGACUGAUGUAACUCCCGGGCAGUAUGAUGAUGCACCAGAGGAGGAGGAGGUUGAAGAAGAAGAAAGAAAGAAAGACAGUGAAAAUGUAAGAGAGCACCCAGGCGUAUCAGUCUCUGGUGGUCAUGACUCAGAGGCUCUGUUCUGCAUCUGUCGACAAAAACAGGAUAAAAGGUUCAUGAUCUGUUGCGACAGUUGCCAGGACUGGUUCCACGGGGAAUGUGUUGGUAUCACUGCAACGCAGGGUCGUAAGAUUGUGAAGAAAGGGCAAGAAUAUAUCUGCCCCCGCUGCACCACACAGAAGCAACUCCAACCUGAAGCUCAACUCCACCCGCAGCUGGAGCCUGAACUUAGCUUUCCUGAAUGCUUGAGACCAUCUGGGGAAGAAGGAAAAGGGAGUGAAGAACCACAAGCCCUGACGGAGGCUGUGGUGUUGGUGGAGGAGGAGAAAGAGGUAGAGGAGGAGGAGGAGGGGAAGGGUGAGGCAGCUCAUCUGAUGAGGCCAGAGCCAGAGCCAGUACCUGAGCCCGAACCUGUCCCUGAGGCUGAUAUGGAGACAGACAGCACUCUUCCUCUGUGCAUUGGACUUGGUUGCCCCAAACCAGCCCUACAGGACUCUGUAUACUGUGGCACUGACUGCAUCCUUCAGCAUGCUGCAUUCGCCAUGAAGACUCUUUCUGGUCCUAAAGUGCCUAAAUCUAAAGGUCGGGGACGGAGAAAAGCUGCUACUACCAGGCCCACAGUCAAGGAUCAGAGGUCUGGUAGGAUGUCAAAGAGGUUAGCAUUAAAAGCUGUGGAGAAAGAAGAUGAAGAGGAGGAGAUGCAGGCAGAUGAUGGAGGGGACAAGGAAGCUGCAUCUUCUUUAGCCUGCGACCCCAGUCUCUCAGAAGUUCAGACCUCCUCCAUACCAUCAUCUAAGUUUUACACAUCGUCUAAAGAGGACAGUAAACAGUUGGAGGCUAACAGUGAGGCUGAAACUCCUUCAAAAAGCCCUCAAGAGGAUACUCCUAUGGAAGCGGCUCCCUCUUCUGAGCCUGCCACUGUGCCAGACCCAACACAGAGCCAAUCUCAAGAACAAUCAAAAAAUCCAAUCAACGAUGGAGUGUCAGGGCAGAAAACUGCAGAAUCAGUUCCCUGCACACCACCUAACUCGGCAAAACCAGAACCCUCUACAGCCACUCAAUCCUCAUCAGCCUCAGGUCCCAGGCAUCAUGAAACAGGGGCUCUUAUGGUCAGAAAGACAACAUAUGUCAUACCAAAGAAGCAGUCUGGACCUAAGUCUCCAUCUAGCAAAGUGCCAGCUUCAGCCUCAGGCCAAAAGCCAUCAUCAGCCCCCUCGCUGCUGACUGAAACCAGGAAUCUGCCCGUGCCACCUGCACCUAGUGCUCCUUCCUCCAGACCUUCUCAGCCCAACACCCAGAUCAGACAGAGCAUCCAGCGCUCCCUCACCAGCAUCCUGUUUAAAAGGGUGUCUGAUUGUGAAGAUUUGGAGAUGACUGAGAGUGAUGUUACAAAGCUUGUGGCAAGCAUUGAGAUGGAGAUGUUUGACAUGUUCCGCAACACAGACAGCAAGUACAUGAACAAGUACAGAACAAUAAUGUUCAACAUUAAAGACCCAAAAAACAAGGGCUUGUUGUACCAUGUUGUACACAGUGAGAUCAGUCCCUUCCGACUAGUUAGGAUGAGCCAAAAGGAUAUGCAGGCUGUCAAACCAUACGAGCCAAGUCCAAAAGCAACAACAGAGGUGAAGGAUGCUGCUAAAUCAGCAAGUGGCCUUCAGAAGCCUGAGGCAGUGAAGGUGGAUUUGCCCAGUUUGAAUUUUGUUGGACCAAUCAAAAGCACGGAACAGAAGAAAAGUCUACCUGCCCCUCCUAUUAAGGCCAGAACAAGCCAGGCAAACCCAAGCAGGGCUGUACCAGAUAUUCUCACCUGUAUGCUUAAGGACACAACAUCAGAGCACAAAGCCCAUCUCUUCGACUUGAAAUGCAAGAUAUGUACUGGUCAAUUAAUAGCUGGGGAAGAAGAGGAACCUGCUAAGAAAAAACCCAAGGUUUCUGAAACAAGAGACAAAUAUGAACACCCUUGGAGAAAGUCUGCAGGAGAUGACUCCCCGUUGAUGGCUCCACCUGACUCACCUGAAAUUGAUUCUCCAACAUCAUCCCUAAUAGAUCCUUCUUCACGCCUUAUCAUUGACAUUCCAGCAUUGACCAUUGUGGAAUCCCCAGCUUCCCCCAUAAUGGAUUCUCCAGCUUCCCCAAUUUUGGAGUCUCCAGCUUCCCCUGUCAUGGACUCUCCUGCAUCCCCAACUCGAGAAACUCCUAAAACUACUUUACCAAAGAGAGCAUAUACACCAGUUGUGAUUCCAGCUGUCUCCACAGUAACAAUCACAAGGCGGGAUCCCCGCACAGCGGCAGGCAGGUUUAGUGCUUUGUCUAGUAGCAACUCUGGUCCCAGUAACACAACCCAAACCCAUCCAACUCCUUCUGCUCCUUUUAAAGAGAGUAAUUCUACAGUGCCCUCAGCCCCUGUCUCUUUAAUACCCCCAAAGAAGACAUUACCCAAAUCAAUCUUGAUGAAACCAACUUCCUCUGCAGAUCCCAGACUCUAUGGCACACUUCCGAGGACCACAAUAUCUGAAUCUCCAGCUGAUAGUGAGACUGCUCAGUUUCUGGCAAAGGGAGACAUUGUUUGGAAAGGAUUCCUAAACAUGCUCACUGUGGCAAAGUUUGUCACCAAGGCAUAUCUGGUUUCAGGACCUGCCGAAAAUCUCAAAGCGGAUCUUCCAGAUACCAUUCAAAUUGGAGGACGAAUCAUGCCUGAAACUGUGUGGGACUAUGUUGCCAAACUCAAGACCUCUGUUACAAAGGAGUUAUGUGUGAUCCGGUUUCACCCUGCAACAGAGGAGGAAGAAGUGGCAUAUGUGUCUCUCUUCUCAUAUUUCAGCAGCAGAAGACGCUUUGGUGUGGUUGCUAAUGUCAGUCGUUCCAUCAAAGAUGUAUACCUUGUUCCACUCAGUGCAAAGGAAUCAAUUCCAUCCAUACUACAGCCUUUUGAAGGACCAGGACUUGAAAAAAAUCGUCCCAAUCUCCUGCUUGGUCUGGCAAUUGUUCAGAGGGUAAAGCGUGCAGGAGGCUUUUCUCAGGAAAUUGAGGAGAAGCGCCCCAAAGUUCACAUGUCCAAGGACCCUAUGUGGAUCCCAAAACCUCCAAUCCUCUACGGCUCUGACAAAUUGGAGAUAUUCCAGCCCUAUGAUCCAGAGACUCCUGCAAGCACCACCCCUCCAAGUUCACCAUCUUGCCCUGGCUCCCCAUCAGGAUCCUCCUCUUCAGGCUCAGUCACCGUACCAUCUCUUUUGACAGCCAUUACAGCAAAGCCUCCUGUUUUGACAUCAGCCUCUGUUACUGCCUCUCAUUCCUCUACAGUCCCCUCUGACAAGGAUCCUUCAACAGCAUCCAGUGAUAAAACACCUCUGCAGACUAUCUUAAAGUCUUUGUUCUGCAAUAAGAAAACCAACCCCCUAGACUCUCAUGGUGGAGGUUCUACAACAACAGUUAGUAGUAAAAAGGUUCCAGUGUUUUCUAAGGGGUCUAGAUCAAUGGUGGACCCAAUAGUCCAACAGUAUGGGCAGAAAUCUAAAGUCAAAGAAAUAGAAGAGGAGGAAAAUGACUUUGACAGACCAUAUGAUCCAGAGGAAGAGUAUGAACCAGCAAUGGGAUAUGGAGUGCUUACAACACAGAACAUAGAAAAAAACAAGGGAGAGGAGCCAACAGUAUCAGGCUUUGCAGAUGAUGAUGUGGCUUAUGAUCCAGAGGAUGAGACUAUCUUUGCAGAUUUUCAAAGUGACAUUGUAACAAAGCCUCCUGUUUCAACUCCCCCUCUUCCUACUCAAACGUCAGAUGUACCAACCUCCACUCCUCCUGAAGUGCCAGCUCCUACCUCCACUCCAGCACAAAACCCUAUCCCCACUGGAGUCACGGAGCACCUACCUACAGGCACUGUGGUUGUCUCAGCUGCAACAUUAACUGAACAACAGAGGAUGCUCGAGGAGCUUAACAAACAGAUUGAAGAGCAAAAACGUCAGUUGAAGGAGCAGGAAGAAGCACUACGCCAACAAAGAGAAGCUGUAGGAAUGUUCAUGGCUCACUUUUCUGUUGCUGAUUCCCUUAUGUCCCCCCAAUCAAAGUCUUUGCCUCUCAGCCAGCUGCCAUCAUUGCAGAGUGGCAUGAUGCAAACAGAGUCAAGGCCUUCAGAAUCAACAAACAAGACUAGCAACCUUAUAGAGACUGUGAAUGCCUCAAGUGUGGAUUCACAAGCUGUAGAGGGCACAACCACCAUCCCUAAUUUUGAAACAGAUACAAAUACUGUUACAGAACAAGAUGAAACACAAGAAAAUGUCAAAGAGAGGGACAAGUGUUCCUCUGCUGGAGAAAUUGAAGAUUCUGAUGUAGCUUAUGAUCCUGAGGAUGAAUCACUUUUUGAUGAAAUUCAAGAGGAUGUAUUUCGAGGAGGGAGUCAUGACUCAUCUUUGUCUAAAACAGGGCAUAGUACAAGUCACAAGGGCAGUACAAUGAAUUCGUACCACAGCAGAAAGCGGAGGCUGUCACCUAAGAGGCGGAGUCAUCGUGAGAGAGACAAACAUAGAAGUCCCUUAAGAAAGUCGCAGAGGCGCUCUCCCUCUAAUACUCACAGGCACAGAGAAAGGGAUAGACACAGAAGAAGUGAGAGGGAGAGGUCCGGGCACAGAUCUAGAGACCACUCAGAACGCCAGGGUCGCCAUCGUAGAGAGCGAACUUCAUCUCGACAUUCUCGUGAGCAUAGGAGAUCCUCAUCCUCUCAGAGAAAAAAGGAUUCUGUGUCCCCUUCAGCAAAACAGCACAUAGGACAUUCCCCUCAUGUCCUUGAGAAGCCAAAGCAUUUAAGUGGUACUGACCCAGACUUUUCAGACUCUGUUGUUGGACAACUUGCAGAGAGUAGCACAUCAUCGUGUUUGCUGCUUACUAUUAAGAAAGACCCUGAUACUCUUACAAUAAAGAAAGACCCUGACGAGUUAAAAUGUGAUCUAGAUGGGAACCCUCAUAAAGAACAUAAAAUCCUUUGCAAUGUGAAGCUUGAGAUUUCAGAACCCUCAAAAUCUCAGGUAACUCCAAAUUAUUCAGUUGUUGACCAUGACAUCAAAUGUAGUAGUUCAUCUACAGAGGCAGAUAAACCUCGACAAGAAACCCUGCUUCACGACAAAAUUGAAAAUACAGUUCCAUUGAGAGUAAUUGAUCCACCCACUCGAGAUUCUCCUGAGAGCCCUGAUCCAGAGCCACAAUUUAUGAAGCCUAGCAGCUCAGAGCAAAGUGACUCUGUUGAGGAAAGCAGAGAUCCCCUGGCCUAUAAUAGUGUCCCAGUGCCACUUGUCAAAUCUGAAAAUAAUUGUCUGUCUAUUAGUGGUCAAACAACAUUGUCUGAUGUACUGGGACCUACUCCAUUAUCAAAAGAUAUCAAUCUGGAUUGGACAGCUCAGAAUCUUCCAGCUUCUAGAGAUGAAGAGACGGACAAGCAGAUAAAAGGGGACAGCUUGAGUUUAAAUCAUCCAAUGAUACAGGGUCAGGUUGAAGGAAAUUCAGAUCAAGCUAUAUGUUCAGAUAUUCAGAGCCCAAGACUUGUCAUAGACCCUUUGACAGUAUGUCCAGUAUUUGAAGUAAGCAGCCCAGGACCAGAUGUGAAAGGGCUUGUGCCUAAGGAACCCCUGAUGUACAUUGGAAAAACAGAUGAGAGAUCCCCAGGGCCGGAUAUGAGAGGUCAGGGCACAAAAGUUGUAGGUCCCAACAUGUGGGGUCCCGGGCAACACAUGAAACCCCUUGCCAUUAGCUUUCCAGGGACAAAUGUGAGUAAUCCAAGAGCUGUGAUGCAUGGCAUGGAGACAGUUACCAGAAAUGUUGAUACCCAACAGCAGAUGAGGGGCCUUGUACAAGGUGAGGAUGGUCCUAAUAGAAGAGGCUCAGUAAGAGAUCAUAUGCAAUCAAGACAUGACAGUCCAGUUGUAGAUGAAAGAGUCCUUCAGAAAAGGGAUUUUCAUUCACAUGGAAGUGAUGCAGACUUGAGCAGAGUGGGCGGGCGUUGCAAAACCAGCUUGGAUUUGAAUGUGUCUACAGGUGCAGAUUGUACAGUUCUAAGAAAAGAUGGACUAUCUGCAGCAAUGACAGAUGAAACGCAGAGCCUACAAAGAGGUCAUGGUGUACCCCUGGGGGGACCAGGGCCAAAUAUAAAUUAUGAAAGUGGAAGCUCUAACAUGUCCUGCAUUGAGCAAGACAGUAAAGGAUCUAGAGAACAAUUCAAUCAGCCACAGUCAUAUGUAAAGUCUGAAAUAAGUAAGCAUGGUCCUGACCCAAGAGAAUUAGACACGAUGCACAAAUUCAGAAGGCCAGAUGUGGAAGAAAAAAGACAUAUGGGGUCUGGUCAAACUAUGGGUAAUAAGGGUUGGUCAGGUACAAGGGAUGAUACUAGUGAGUCACAUGCAAAGAGUUCAAGCAGAGACAUUGGAGAAACAGGACCAAAUAGAAGUGAAGCAGACAUGCACAGAAGAAAUAUACAUGAUCAUUGGCCAGAGGCAAGAAAUUUGCAAAUUAAUCAAGAAAACAGGGGUCCUAUGACAAACAUUACAAAUCCAGAUUGGAGAGGUCCAGGAACUGAUACGAGGGGCCAAAUAAGACAAAACCAGGGUCCACGUGUAAGGGAUCGGGAUGGGAAUGAUCCAGGAUCAGAAAGGAGAAAUGAAUGGAGGGGACCAGAUAGGAGAGGAUCAGAUCAAGCCAGAGGAGGGCAACUUAUGCAUGAUGAAAGGAGGAUUCAACCUGAAUGGAGAGGUCCAAACUUGGAGACCCAGGUGCCUGACAAAAGAAGUGCUGUCGACCUAAAUAGUAGAGAACAAGGGCCUGACAGGAAUCCAGACAUGGAGGACUUCAAAUAUGACAAGAGAGGACAAAGGGGUUCAGAUUUCAGGAGACCAGAGACUGAAAGUAGACGUGCAGCCAAUGACAAUGUAGGACCUACCAGGAGAUCAGGGGCUCAGGAAUUCUUGGGAAUAGAUCUUGAUAGCAGAACGCCAUCAAUGGAGGGUCCUGGGCCUAACAGGGGAGGGACAAAUUUCAGAGGACCAUUGCCUGAAAAGAGAAAUCUAGAAAUGGUUUGCAGAAGGGGACCAAGACACCAAGAUGUAUGGGAACCAGGCAAUGAAAAUACAGGUCAGACUGGGACAUCCAGGCAAGGACCUGGGCACCCAGAUUUCAGUGAACCAGUGCCUGAAAGGAGAGAUCAAAUUAUGGGGGGUGCCAGGCCAUCUAGGUGGGGGCCUGGAGGCCAAGAUUUCAAGGGACAAGAGAUUGAAAAAGGAGGUUCCCCUGUGGAGGGUUCUAUAACUGAAAAGGGAGUAUUAGGUGGCCCUGAUUUCAGGCGGCAAUGGACUGGCAGUAGAGAAUCUGGAGGUCAAGAUUUUAGAGGACCAAUACUUGAAAGGACAAGUUUAUCUAGGGAACAUCCUGAUCUUGUUGGUAGAGGAACCAGAGGUCCAGAUUUUAGAGGACCAAGGAUGGAAAAGAGAGGUCCCCCAAUAGAAGGUACUAUGCAUGACCCAAGAGGACCUGGAGGUCCAGAGUUUAGGGGACCAGGUUCUGAAAGACAGGAGUGUCCUGGGCCUGAAAGGGGAAGACCUGGAGAUCCAGAUUUCAGAGGACCAGGACCAGAGGGUAGAGAAGGUAGAGAUCCCGCUAUGCAGGGUCCUGUCCCUGAAAGGAGAGGACCUGGAGGUCCAGAGUUUAGGGGACCAGGUUCUGAAAGACAGGAGUGUCCUGGGCCUGAAAGGGGAAGACCUGGAGAUCCAGAUUUCAGAGGACUAGGACCAGAGGGUAGAGAAGGUAGAGAUCCCACUAUGCAUGGUCCUGGGCCUGACAGGAGAGGACAUGGACGUCCAGAUAUUAGGAGGCCAGGUCCUCAAAGGAGAGGUUCCCCUAUGGAGGGUCAUGGGACUGGCCAAAGAGGAUCUGGUGGUCCAGAUUUAAGAGGGCCAGGUCCUCAAAAGAGAGGUCCUCAUAUGGAGGGUCCUGGGCAUGAACAGAGAGGGCAUGGGGGUCCAGACUUCAGAGUGCAAGGUCCUCCAUGGAUAGGUUCUCCUGUGGAGGGUUCUGAGCAUGACCAUAUAGGACCUGGGGAUCCUGACCAGAGAGGGUCAGGUCCUCAUAGGAGAGGUCCUGCUAUAGAUGGUCCUGUGCAUGACCAAAGAGGGCCUGGAGGUCCAGAUUUUGGGAGACCAGGGUCUCAAAGAAAGUACAUAUCUAUUGGGCAUCCUGGGCCUAACAGAGGAGGACCUGGAGAUCAAGAAUUUAGAAGGACAGGUCCUCAAAGAAGAGGCCCCCCUAUGGAAGGUCCUCGGCCUUGUACAGAUUUCAGAGGACCUGGUCCUGACAGAGGAGGACCUGGAGAUCCAGAUUUCAGAGAAUCAGGACCCAGAAGGAGAGGUCCCUUUCUGCAGGAUCAUGUGUCUGAGGGGGGAGGACCUGGUCCAGAUUUCAGUGGAUCAGAACCUGAAAGAGGGGGCCCUGUUAUGCAUGCUCAUUUGCCUGAUGGGAGAGGACCUGGAGGUCCAGAUUUUGGUAGACAAGGACCUGAAAGGAGAAGUCCUGCUAUGGAAAACCUGCUGAGCAAUAGGAGAGAAACCAGAGAUCCAGAUUGCAGAGGUCCAGGGCCUGAAUGGAGAGAUCCAGCUAUGGAGAGUAUGAGGCAUUCAACAAGAGGAUUUGGAGGCACAGAUUUUGUUGGUCCAGGACUUCAAGACUUUAGUAGUCCAGUGCAUGAAAGAGUACCCACAGCCCACAGUAUGGACACUCGAGUGACUGGUAUGAGAGGUCCACGAGAUUCAGAUUUCCAGGGAACUGUGCCUGACAGGAGAGUACCAGGAGGUCUAGACGUAAGAGAGCCUGGGUAUGAAAGAAGCAGUCCCUCGUUCCAAGGUCCUGGGCCCGAAAGGAGAGGAUCAUUAAUGGGGGGUUCUGGGCCUGGCUUUAUAGAAAUGGGGCCUGAAAGUACUGGUCCAGGUAUGGGAUGUCCAGGGCCUCACAAUAGAGGACAGAGAGGGCCACAGUUCAGGGAGAGUGUACACCCAAAUGUAGAGGGCCCAGGGCCUGGUUGGAACGGUCCAGACUUCAGGGGACCGAGACCUGAAAGACCUGCUUCAGGGAUGGAGGGGCCACAAGAUCCAAACUUUAGAGGACCAGGGAUUCAGCAUUCAGGUCCAAACAUAGAGGGCCUGGGUCAAUACAGGUUAGGCCCAGAUAGUCCUAAUUUUAUAGGACCGGGACCAGCAAGAAGACCUUUGGAUAUAGAGGGCACUGAACCUGAUAGGAGAGGUCAGCACUUCAGCGGAGGUAGGCCUGAUAGAACUAUGGAGGGUCCAGGGCCACAUGAGAAUCAUGGUCAAGAUUUUAGAGGACCAGGAUUUCACAGUACAGGGCAAGCAAUUCAGGGCCUAGGACCUCAUAGACCAGAAUCAGGAGGAUUAGGCUUUAGGGAACAUGGUGAAAGAAGAGACCAAGAUGUUAGGGGCUCAGGAUCAGAUUGGAGAAGAUCAGGUAGUCCAGACUUGGGUCGUAGGGGGAGGCCUGACUUUGAUGGAUCAGAAAAUAAUCAAGAAGGCCCAGGUUUAGAGGGCCAUGGUAAUAGAACAGGUCAAAACAUGAGAUCAAAACGAUUUAGUAGGCAAGGUCCUGGUAUGGAAUGGAAAGGCCCUGGAAGAAGGGGGCAAAUGCCAACACAUGAAAGACCAAAUAUGCCAUUUUCAUGUUCUCUAAGUAGACCAGGAGAUGAAUGGAGUGGUCCUGAUAACAGGGGUCCGGGCCCUACCCAGGAUGACCCAGUGUGUCCAGGGCCUGGAAUGGGAAGACCUGGAAAAGAAUGGGAAGAGCCUAUAAGAGGGGGGGCUGGACCAAGCAGAAGGGAUGCUAGUCCUUGUUUCAGAGAGGAAAGGCAUCUGGGCAAUAGAGGACGAGGCUACAAUAGAAGAGGUCCAGACAUAAGAGUACCACAACCAGAUAUGAGAAGGGGUUCAGACAUGGGGAUUGACUGUGUGCAGCCGGACUUCAGGGGACUAAACAUGGAAGGAUCUGACGAUCAUAGAGGAGGUCCAGGCUUGAUUAAUUCAUGCCCAAACAGAGGAUUUGAGGCUGAAGGUCCCAAUAGAAGAGGCCCAGGAGACCCAGAUUUAAUACACCCAGGGCCUGAAAACAGAAAUUUAAACAUUGAAGGUCCAGGAGCAGAUGGAGGAUUUUCAGAUUGUGGGGGACGAGGAUUUGAAAGACAGGGAUUUGAACAUGACUUUAGGAGGGGAAGGCGAGGUCUAGGAAUGAGAGGACAAAGCUAUGAUAAAACAGAUAUGAGGGGACCAGAACCUGAAAGCUCUGAUACAAGACAUGGGUUAGGAAGGUUUAAUGUAAAAACAGAUGGUCCAAGGGCAUCCAGGGCAGCAUCACCCCAUUUCAAUAACCCUCAUCAGGUUCCUCGAUUCCAAGCCCCAAUUGAUCCACAUUCUUCAAAGUAUAAUAGGCCCUUUGGUACAGCUCAAAACCCUGGUUCAGAAUCCCAACAAAAUCAGCAAGAAGUACAACUCCAGAGACACAAAGUGGCCUUACUUCCCACUCCACCAGGUCUCAUCCGCUUCCCAAACCAUAUGAUCAAUAAGCCUGAUAUCUGCAGCCCAAAACAAAGACAAGCAGUUCACCCAACAGAGAGGGAGUCGAGUAGGAGUAGGCAGUUGAGUGGUGAAAGAGAGUUGGUUAAAGGGAAAAAGCAUGACCAAGACAAAAAUCCUGAUGAGAUAAGCACACCUAUAGAUGGAGACACAGGAAGUAAAGAAGAAAUAAAAGAAGGCAACGAUUCUAAAAAAUAGGUGGCAACUGGUUCUUGUGUAGAAAUAGCAGUUAAACUAAUGAAAGGCAAAAAAGACAAAAUAUAAGAUAUUUUUUUUAAAGUUGUAUUAUCACAUUUCUUAGUGCAUCACACAAUGAAUGUUAUUUCUUAAAGAACCCCGGCUAAAUUUCAACAUGACCCAUAGAACGAACCAUGUGAAGGCCUAGAUGUUGAAGCUUGAUAUGAAAAUGCUAAAAGGAUUUUAGCUCAUUAUGUUUUGGUUUGUCUUGUUGCAACUGAGGUAGCUGUGUAUAUUUUUGUUAAUUGAUUAUGACUACAUGCCUAAAACUUUUGUUUUUCUUAUUAAACCACUUGGUGUGUAUUUCUUGUUGGAAAAAGUCGAAUUUCUUUUGUACAAAAAUGUUAAGGUUUUGUUUUUGUGUCAGUACAGCAGCGUUGAUAUAGCUUUUAUGUUCCUGCACUGAUUAAAAGUUUUUUCUUGUUCUUAUAGAAUGCAAGAAGGCAAUAAAAGAUAUUUUAUUAUUA